AUGGAUAACCUCCUUCGAAAUAUUAUUUUGGUUGCACUUUGCCCCAAAAACCAAUUUUUGGUGGGCUUCGUGCAACAAAAAUGACACUUUAAAGAGGCAACGUGCAGAAAAAUAAUAUUUUUAAUAAUGAUGCAUAUGAAGGGGCAACAUGCAAUCAAAACACCCGAUUCCGAUGAAUAAUGCAUCGUAAUUUUGCUAUUGUGGCAAUGUGCAACAAGAGUAACAUUUUGAAGGGGGCGUUCACUUUUUAAAAUUUUGAGGGGGUAAAGUGUAUUUAGAACUUUUUAGGGGGUGACGUGCAAUUUGCCCCAAAAAAAUCAGUUGACGUUGAAAAUUAAAAUAAACAAAAUUAACUUUUUUUAUAUAAUAAAACUCCUAGCAUGCAUUAAAAGAAGUUUACUGCAAUUAGUACCGUGUGUAACAAAGAUACUCGUGUUAUUUUAUUUGCAAAAAUCUCCUUAUUACACAUUUUUUUUAGUACACAACCCAUGAAUAGAAAGUUUUCAGGGGUCGUUUGCUAAACAUAUGAAUCAAAAAGGACUUUGAGCAUUAAAAUAAAUAUUGGGAACUUUUUUUAACAAUUUGCAAUAAACCCGCAUAAAAAAUCCACCCCAAGAAAGAGGAGAAGUUUUCAAAAUAUAUAAAACCUAAUCUAUUUUUAGUUAAUUUAAUAAAAAUAAAAGUCUUGUUCAAAAACCAAUCUUCCUCCUAUUGUUGCCAAGUGGCAACUGCCCCUACUUCUUUGGCUUCUCUUCAUAUCACAGUAGUUGCAUCAAACAGAAUUGCUAUUACAGAGUUCAUUAUGCUGAUUAGGAUCUUUGUCGAGAAAAAAUGUCGAUCACAGGCGGUAACAAUGGCAGUUUUAAUGGACCUAUUUUCCACGAAUUCAAGAAACAGGCUUCUUUCUUCCUCAAGGAGAAGAUCAAAACUACAAGAUUGGUCUUGACUGAUGUCACACCUGCACAACUAUUGACUGAAGAAGCUACAAACGGGAAUCCGGAAGAGCCCGACGCCGAUAACCUGAACACGAUAUUAACGGCAGCUUUCGAAGUGGACGAUUAUUAUAGAAUUGUGGAGAUCCUUCACAAAAGAUUAGUGAGAUUCGUCUUGGGAAAUUGGAGGGCAUCGUAUAAAGCUCUGAUAGUGCUUGAACACUUGUUGACUCAUGGCCCUAAAAGAGUUGCAGACGAGUUUCAAUGUGACGUUGAUGUUAUCAGAGAAAUGGAAAGCUUCCAGUAUAUUGAUGACAAAGGAUACAAUUGGGGUCUGAAUGUGAGGAACAAAUCUGGAAGGGUACUGGAUCUUCUUGAAAAAGGGCCUUGUCUCAAACAAGAAAAAGACAAAGCCAGCAAAAUUAUAAGAGCGAUUCAAGGAUUCGGUAGCUUCUGCCUCGAGACACCAUCAGACAAAGAAAUACUGCAAGAAUGCGACUCAGAGUUCAAAAAACAGGCUUCAUUCUUCCUCAAAGAGAAGAUCAAAACUGCAAGAUUGGCCUUGACUGAUGUCACACCUGCACAAUUAUUGACUGAAGAAGCUACAAACGGGAAUCCUGGCGAGCCUGACGCCCAUAAACUGAACACGAUAUCAAGGGCAGCUUUCGAAGUGGACGGUUACUAUAGAAUUGUGGAGAUCAUUCACAAAAGAUUAGUGAGAUUUGUUCUGGAAAAUUGGAGGGCGUCGUAUAAAGCUGUGAUAGUGCUUGAACACUUGUUGACUCAUGGCCCUGAAAGUGUUGCAGACGAGUUUCAACGUGACAUUGAUGUUAUCAAAGAAAUGGAACGCUUCCAGCAUAUUGACGACAAAGGAUAUAAUUGGGGUUUGAGUGUGAGGAAGAAAUCUGAAAGGGUAUUGAAUCUUCUUGAAAAAGGGCCUUUUCUCAAACAAGAAAGAGACAAAGCCAGAAAAGUCACAAGAGGGAUUCAAGGAUCCGACAACUUCUGCCUCGAGACAUCAUCAUCAGAGCAAGAAAUACUGCAAGAAUGCAAUACAAAUUUCAAAAAACAAGCUUCGUUCUUCAUCAAGGAGACGAUUAAAACUGCAAGAUUGGCCUUGACUGAUGUCACACCUGCACAACUAUUGACUGAAGAAGCUACAAACGGGAGUCCGGGUGGGCCCGACGCCCAUAACCUGAAGACGAUAACGAGCGCAGCUUUCGAAGUGGAUGAUUAUUAUAGAAUUGUGGAUAUCCUGCACAAAAGAUUAGUGAGUUUCACCCUGGGAAAUUGGAGGGCAUCGUAUAAAGCUCUGAUAGUGCUUGAACAUUUGUUGACUCAUGGCCCUGAAAGAGUUGCCGAGGAGUUUCAGUGCGACAUUGAUGUUAUCACAAAAAUGGAAAGUUUCCAGCAUAUUGAUGACAAAGGAUAUAAUUGGGGUCUGAAUGUGAAUAAGAAAUCUAGAAGGGUAUUGGAUAUUCUUGAAAAAGAGACUCUUCUCAAACAAGAAAGAGACGAAGCCAGAAAAAUCACAAGAGAGAUUCAAGGAUUCGGCAACUUGUGCUUCGAGACAUCAUCGGAGCAAGAAAUACUACAAGAAUGCAACUCAGAGUUCAAAAAACAGGCUUCUUCGUUCCUUAAGGAGAAAAUCAAAAGUGCACGAUUGGCCUUGACUGAUGUCACACGUGCACAACUAUUGACUGAAGAAGCUACAAACGGGAAACCGGGCGGGCCCGACGCCCAUAACCUGAAGACAAUAUCGAAAGCAUCUUUUGAAGGGGACGAUUAUUACAGAAUUGUGGAUAUCCUGCACAAAAGACUGGUAAGCUUCGUCCUGGGAAAUUGGAGGGCGUCGUAUAAAGCUCUGAUAGUGGUAGAACACUUGUUGACUCAUGGCCCCGAAAGAAUUGCAGACGAGUUUCAAUGUGACAUUGAUGUUAUCACAGAAAUGAAAAACUUCCAGCAUACUGAUGACAAAGGAUAUAAUUGGGGUCUGAAUGUGAGGAAGAAAUCUGAAAGGGUUUUAAAUCUUCUUGAAAAAGGCCCUCUUCUCAAACAAGAAAGAGAGAUGCAAGGAUUCGGUAGCUCCGGCGUCAAGUCAUCACCAGAGCAAGAAAUACCGCAAGAAUGCAACUCAGAGUUGACUCAUCACAAAAAUCAAAAUGAAACUAUUGUGAUCGAAACGAAAGCAGAGAAGCCCGUUAUUAUUCCUACCAAUCCAAAAACAGAGAAGAAAUUAAGUAUUAAAAGUUCGAACACUAGUUUAGAAAAUUCAAAACAAAACUUCGCCCAAGAUGAAUUAAACGAAGGAAUCUGCGAUUCAAAGCCCCUAUUGGCUGGGCAGAAAAACGAGUCCGUGAUAAAGACGCCCAUGGCAUUGAACAGAAAGUGUGACCCAAUAGUGUAUGAAGUCAUGUGUUGGUGGUAAUUAUUGAGUUGUAUGAUUUGAGCUCCAUGAAAUGAGAUCAUAUAGAAACGGCUAUUUCAUUUUAUUACAGAUCAAAUCAUUCUUGUUCAGAC